AUUGUCCUCACCACAUGUAACUGAGUGGUGUAACAGAAAAACAUGUUAAAAUCGCGAUAAAUUUGAUUAGUCGCUAUUUAGUCUUCGGGCGCACUAGACUUGGAACUGCUGUGCCAUUUUCUAAGCGUUGUUUUAAGAGAAACCUUAGUGAUGAUCUCUCCAGUGACAUGGGUGUCCGCGCUGUUGGCGAGUAUCUUUUCGGUGCAUAUUGCACAAAGACUGCGUUUUCCUUACUUUUGGAAAGACUUAUUCUACUUGCUGAAAGUAAUCCGAUAUGGCAUUCGCUUGGAAAUAUACAAACGGACUAAAAGAGUGGUGACAGUCAUUGACAGAUUUGUUCAACAGGCUGCAGAAAUUCCCAACAAGACAUUUCUUAUUUAUGAGGGAGUCAGUUACACCUAUGAAGAGAUUGAUAAACGAAGCAACAAGGUGGCACAGGUGUUUGCCGAACGGGGAACCGUGAAGAAAGGAGACACCGUUGCGCUGCUGAUGAGCAACGAGCCAGAUUUCUUAUGUGUCUGGUUUGGAUUGAGUAAACUGGGAUGUUCUGUGGCUUUCCUCAACAUAAACAUUAAGUCAAGAUCCCUGUUGCAUUGCUUCAACUGCUGUGGAGCCAAACUAAUGGUUGUUGGAGCAGACUUGUUGGACACCUUGGAGGACAUUCUGCCCAACCUCCAAGAGGACAACAUCUCAGUAUGGGCCAUGAAGAAGGAGACGGCCUACCCUGGGGUUAACACCCUCAUGGACAAGAUGGAGGAGGCCUCGGACAAACCUGUCCCAGCUGAGCUUCGGAGUAUCACUUGCCUCAAAACGCCAAACCUCUACAUCUUCACUUCAGGGACAACCGGGCUGCCCAAAGCGGCUGUGAUCACACACCUGCAGUCACUGAAAGCAGCGGCAGGCUUCUGGGCGUACGGUGGCACCGGCGACGACGUGAUCUACACGCCCCUGCCCCUCUACCACAGUGCUGCCUCCCUGGUUGGCAUUGGAGGGACCAUCGAAAUGGGUGCUACAUGUGUCCUGAAGAAGAAGUUCUCUGCCUCACAGUUCUGGAACGACUGCAAGAAACAUAACGUAACCAUCUUCCAGUACAUCGGAGAGCUCUGUAGAUAUCUAUGCAACCAGCCCAAGGGAGACAACGACAAGCAGCACAAAGUGCACAUGGGCGUGGGGAACGGCCUACGGCAGGACGUGUGGCGAGAGUUCCACCGGCGCUUCGGCGAGAUCCGCAUGUGCGAGCUCUACGGCUCCACCGAGGGCAACCUCUGCUUCAUGAACCACAUCGGCAAGAUCGGCGCCGUCGGACGCUCCAACUUCUUCUACAAGCUCCUGUUCAAGUAUGUGCUGGUAAAGUACGACAUGGUGAGAGACGAACCAAUGAGGAACAGGCAAGGCUUCUGUGAACCAGUCAGGAGAGGUGAAUCGGGACUGCUGCUGUCCAAGAUAAGCCCCCAAAGUCCAUUCUUUGGCUAUGCUGGCAGUAAACAGCUGACGGAGAAGAAGAUCCUGAGGGAUGUGUUUACGAAAGGGGACGCAUACUUUAACACGGGGGACCUCAUGGUUGAGGACGAUGAGGAUUUCAUCUCCUUCAAGGACAGAAUUGGGGACACCUUCAGGUGGAAGGGUGAGAACGUGGCCACAACUGAGGUGACGGAGAUCCUCGGACUGGUGGACUUCAUUCAGGAGGCCAAUGUCUAUGGGGUGGAGGUUCCAGGAAAUGAGGGAAAAGCGGGAAUGGCUGCCAUCAUUGUAAGACCUGACUUCAAGUUUGACGGAAAGAAGCUGUUCGACCAUGCGGUCAGGGACCUGCCGACCUAUGCGCGCCCUCUGUUCAUAAGACUACAGGAGUCUAUGGAGAUGACAGGCACCUUCAAGCAGCAGAAAUUUCAACUAGUGGCAAGUGGAUUCAGCCCUUCCACGAUAACAGACCCUCUGUACUUCCUGGACUACUCGCAGAAAUGCUACGCCCCACUGACCACCUCAGUCUACGAAUCCAUUUUGGGAGGCCAGUGUAAGCUAUAGUGGCUCUGGCUCACUCUACAAACAAACAAGUAAACAAACAAACAAACAAACAAACAAAAUGGCUGCAUUCCCGAACGAUAAGAUGACCAAUGGCGGUGCCAGAAGAGAAACCUUUUUGUGAGUUGCCUGACUCAUUUAAUCCUCUUGUAUAUUUCAUGGGAGUCAAAAGCCACCUUUUGAAUCAAAUCCAUUUGUGAAUAAUGAAUGGCACUAUUUUCUUUGUGUUUGCGCUUCGCCCUGGUCCAGAAUUACUCAAUAAUGAAUUAGAGACGCUAAGAGGGUCACAGCGGCUGUCGCUGACCUCCGUCAAAAAUGUCAGGUGAUUAGACAAGCGGGCAAUGACGAGUCAAACAACCAACAGCCACACGGGGGGAUGGGGGGGGGGGCUCAGCAACGUAACACAACUGACAGGUGUCCGGUUCCUCCGUGUUGAGAUUCUUUUGUCCAGGUAAGAUGACCACACGUCGUUCUGAUGUCCCCUGGCCAAUCCUUUAAAGUGUCUGUCACGGCUACCAUCUUACUAACUGAUCAUCUCAUCUCUGGCUGUUGUAAGUGCUGUUCUAAAAAACAGACCAUAAUAAGAAGAGUAAUUAAAAACAUCAUCAUCAAAGAAAGAAAAUAGAGUUCACAUGUAUAGCUUUGUGAUUGUUUGGUCAAACUUGACAAGUUUGUGAUUCUGCUGUUAAAAUAUUCCAAUAUGCUUGAUCAUCUUUGCCAAGAUAAACGUAACAUGCUUUGUGUUGAGCUUCUCAGAAGACUGUUGUAAUUAAUCAAACAAUUAGCUAUUAAAUGGAAACACAAUGCAGUUAUUGUUUUUAGUAGCGCUACAAAAAUAUUAAAGCAUUGCGCAAUGCUGAAAUUUUAUCCAGAUGGUCAUCACAAUUCACCAUAUGUUACAAUGGAGGAGUUGUUUAAAGCCUUUUUUGGAAUGAUGCACGGUUAAGACGCCAUACAACUUCAGUAACAACAUUACCAGAUAAAGCAAGUAUUUGUAUUUGUGAUCUGCUACAGUCUGGUUAUCUUUUGUUCUGUGAAAAUCAGAUAUGUUGCAAUACUACUGGAGAUAGUGCCUUUAGAUUUAUUUUUGUUUUUAAGUAAAUAGCUGUCAUAGCUAUUUACUGUAUAUAAUGUAAAGCUUUUGUCCUUGCACAAUGACUGUAUAGCUCUUGAAUCGUAUCAAGAAUAUGACCUCCGUACCACUCCAGUGUCAACUGUAUUAUAGGUAGUGGUCUCUUAAAAAGCUUUGGGAGUCGAGAUUCAAGUUCUGCAAAGCACCUGUGUCUUCCUAGAAUGACCAUAUUCUUAUGUCAUUCCUGUAGUGCUACACACAACAACAAACACAUUUCCUUUCUUAUUUCCUGACUUUUGUUUACGCUUCAUUGAACUAAGUAAAUAUUGUUAGAUAUAAUGUCAGCCAAUAUGUCUUUUGUUUUGUGUAUCUCACUGGAUCUUGUUAUGGUAUGUUUGGUCUCAGGAAGGAGGGAAUAGACAGAGAGAUUUUAAAGAAUGCACAGUACACAACUUGUAUUCAAGUUGCUGUUUACAGCUUGCAGAGAUGCUGAUUUGUCAUGUAUACGUUGUAUAUACUUGUGCUGAUAAGUACAGUAUCUCUCAUCAGCAUUACCUUUGUGAUGUUUUCUUUAUCAUGGCUGAUUUUGUUAAUUUAAUGCGGGAUUUUUUUUAUCUUUAAUUGGUGAAAUAUUUUAAAUGCACUGGGCAUUUGGACUUUGAUGUUAAAUAGAUGUUUUAUUACGAGUUUAAUAUGGGAGUGAUUGUGCCUAGGUUAUAUUCAUAAAGACAACAUUUUGUCAUGUUGUCUUUUAGGUGUGAAUGUGAUAUAAACACCAAUUCCAUCAAGCACAUAUUCUCAGUUUCAUACACAUUUUUUUGUCCAGCAUCAGACUAUUUGUAACAUAAAAUAUGUCUUAAUAUAUGCCAUUAAACGCUAUAUCUGGAAUAAGUCUGUUAGUAUGUUAUGUCAUUUGAUGGCGACGGUUUUCCGUAUAAUUUGUCUAUGCAAAAUCAAACAAUUACAUUUCUGUUUUUCACUAUCACUGGUUUCUUAUGAGAAUAUUUGUUGCGACACCCUUGAAUGUGUUAAAGGGAAAAGAAUGUCAAUGAACGUUUUGUCUUACCUACGACUCAUUUCAAAUGAUGUGUAUUGUGUGUUUGGAUUGGAUGCUACAGCUCCUUGUCAUGCUGUAGCCUAGCUACCACCUGUGUCAUCCUCAUAUUUAAGAUGUGUGAUUUUCCAGCAAUGAUAAAAAAAAACUACUGUGAUGACAGAAUGGCAACUCUAAUCAUAACAUGCACUGUAUUAAGUUGAGUCAAUAAAAGAAAGAAAAA